CCCUUUCACCUUCUAGACCGAGAGUAAUAGGCGGAGUGUCACACGGGAGGGCGGUGUUUGUCUCCGCUGGCAACGUUAGUUGCCGACAGGGGGCACUGAAUUGUUGCGUAAGUUGCGUAUUCACGAAGUCACGGCCUGCCCCUCUCUUCACAGAUUCAGCGGCAUGAGCGUAACUAUACACUGAAUGUGCUUCUCUCGCGGGGUUUGCUUGUAUUAUUAUUAUUAUUCUCACCCUGCGCUUACGCCGUCGUGCUGGUCCUGAGCUAUUUUAACAGCUGACGAACGGGGGGCUUCAUAGCCCUGGGGAGGAUUAAAAAUGGAUGCGGGUAUGGAGAAAGAAUGCAGCGCUCUUGGAGGGCUUUUCCAAACCAUUAUGAAUGAUAUGAAGUCUAGUUACCCAACCUGGGAGGAUUUCGUCAAUAAAGCCAUAAAGCUACAGUCACAGUUAAAGACUACAACCGUUGUAACUGGAUCCUUCUUGGAUGCUUUUCAGAAAAUAGCUGAUAUGGCCAUUAAUACAAGAGGAGCAACAAAAGAAAUCGGCUCUGCUCUGACGAGAAUGUGUAUGCGCCAUCGGAAUAUAGAAUCUAGACUGAAACAUCUGACCAUUGCUCUGACUGACAGCCUGAUAAACCCAUUAGAAAUCAAAAUUGAAGAAUGGAAAAAGAUUGCAAACCAACUUGACAAGGACCAUGCAAAAGGUAAUAACUAUCUACAUGGGUCAAUAAGGCAUGUUCCAUCUAUGGACUCCAUAUCAAGCUCAGUGGAAGCUCUACAUAUUCGUUCACCUUCAGCAGUAAUGUUUGACGCGAUGUUUCAGGACCCGAAGAUGAAUAGCCUGCAGCAGGUAUCUGCAUCUGUUGGUGCCAGUGGAGAGAACUGUACUUCAAAGUCAGACCAGGCUGUAGAUGCAGCAAAGUCUACAGGUUCAAUUUAUGUUGCAAAGCCUAAAUCAGCACGGGAUCACUUAGCCCUGGCCCUGCAUCAAGGUUUGAGCUCAGAAAUUCAGCUUAGCAGGGAUUCGUUGCAUUGCUCCAGUGGAUACAGCACUCAGACAACUACCCCAUCCUGUUCAGAUGACACUCUUCCCUCACAUGCAUUAAAGAAGGAUCCUACUCUUUUUGUUGCAGAGUAUGAUUAUAUUUCUCUACAUGGAGAACAAGAGGAACCUGAACAACUCGACUUUGACAAAUCAUCUACUAUUCCAAGGAACAGUGAUAUCAGCCAGAACUACAGAAGAAUGUUCCAGACCAAGAGACCAGCUUCUACAGUUAGCCUUUUAGCAGACCCUGAUCCAAUUGUUCGAUCACCAUAUGUUGCUACUAUAAAGCGCAAACCCUCCAAUAAGCCGACUGUAAGGCGAGGCACAAUCAGUGGAGUUCCCAUUCCUAUACGACCUCCAAUGGUACCUAUGAAAGCAGUAAACAUUUCUGAUAUUCCCAAAAGCCCAUAUGGCGAUUGGACCAACAGUGAUGAAUUUGCACAUUUCAAGGAUGCAAGAUCAGAUCUUUUUAACUUGAAACCAGGAUUGUGUACAUCGGCUCAAAGUCUUAAUGCCAUGCAAACUACAUAUUGUGCCUUUAUACCGAAACAAUCCUACUCUCAAAGUAUCCAUCCACCCUCUAGCCCACGGAAAAUGUUUGCAACUAAUGCCAACACUGUAGAUACAACAGUAUCUCAAACUGCUGCCCCUAAAGUGAUACAAAGUAAAGAUAGCAUAGAAAACGCAACAAAUAUUAUUGAUAGUGAGCAAGUUCCACCUCAGGUUGACAUGUUAUCAAUGAUAAAACGAGGAGUGAAGCUUAGAAAAACUAUCUCCAAUGACAGAUCAGCUCCUCAGAUAAAGUAAUAUAUUUUUUGCAUGAUUAUUUUCAUGCACAAUAUUUGCCUUUUAUUGUUUUAAAGAAUGUUUUAUAAUUAUUUUAAAAAAUCUUUAUUUUAGGAUUUAAACUUCUUGAUUAUAAUAGGCUAGUGCCAUUGAUUUCACAAUGAUUGGCUUCUAAUUUAGCUUCCUUAAAUGCAUUGUCUUUAAAAUAUGCUGCAAUUUAAUUUAGUGUUAGUUUUUUGUUUUUAAACUUGGUUCAAAAGCUUACUUUCGAUUUAGGAGAGAGUUUUGGGGUUUGUGACUUAAAGGGACACUGAACCCAAAAUUUUUCUUUCAUGAUUCUGAUAGAGGGUGCAAUUUUAAGCAACUUUCUAAUUUACUCCUAUUUUUAUUUGAAAAGCAAGAAUGUAAGUUUAGAAGCGGCCCAUUUUUGGUUCACAACCUGGGUUGUGCUUGCUGAUUAAUGGCUAGAUGCGCACCCACCAAUAAACAAGUGCUGUCCAGGGUCUGAACCAAAAAUUGUCUGGCUGCUUAGCUUAGAUGCCUUCUUUUUCAAAUAAAGAUAGCAAGAGAAUGAAGAAAAAAUUGAUGAAAGGAGUAAAUUAGAAAGUUGCUUAAAAUAGCAUGCUCUAUCUUAAUCAUGAAAGAAAGAAAAAUGGGUUUUGUAUCCCUUUAAGUUUUGCUUUUGAUUGACACAGGUCAAUGCUUAAAAAGCAAAGUGUCUGUCUAUAUAAGGCAAUUUGUACUAGGUUUCUCAGUUUUUACUGGGUUCUUUCUAAAACACCCUAUAUUAUGGGUGGGUUUUUUCCACUGGUUUUCGGUCUAACCUUUCAUUGAGAUAUAUUAUGCGCACUGUGUUGCUACUUAAAGAACCCCUGUCAUCAGAUUUAUGCUAAUAUUAGAGUUCUGUACAUUUAAGCAUCAGCAUUUCAUAGUUUUUUCUAUUAGAGAACAUUUCUUAUUGGUGCAUCUUGGCUGGUCCUGAAUUGUGAGUCAUGUUAAGUUCUAAUCCAUGUUGUCUUGUCUUUUGUGCUUUCUUGAAGUCCCCUGUUGUAUUUUUAAGUUAUUUCUAUCACACUAGCUGUGCUGGAGUGGUAAUAGAAUGUGGGUUUGACUGAAAAUUCAGGGGCAGAGGAAAUCAGCAGAAAAGAUGGUUCUCUGUUAAAAGCUCAUUGAAAAGUAAAUGUCACAUUUUUAAUUGAAUUGUUUAGCAAAUGUUUACAAUAGCGCCUCAUCAAAAAGAAAGUGUUCUGAAAGUGUAAUGUUGGAAAGAAAGGUGUGUCAACUUUAUUUUCAACAUAAUAGAAAUCUCCACAAAAUAGUCUUAAUGCAGACUGUAAUGUAACAUCCAGGUUUAAUGAUGUACAGAAAGCCAGUGUAGCAUAGUUCCCUCAGUACAUUGUAAGCAUAUGUAUGUGGACGUAUAUCUUAAAGGGACACUAAACCCAAAUAUUUUCUUUCAUGAUUCAAGUAGAGAAUACAAUUUUAAACAACAUUCCAAUUUACUUCUAUUAUCUAAUUUGCUUCUUUCUUUAGAUAUCCUUUAUUGAAGAAAUAGCAGUGCACAUGAGGGAGCCAAUCACACAAGGCAUCUAUUUGCAGCAACCAAUCAGCAGCUACUGAGCCUAUCUAGAAAUGCUUUUCAGCAAAGUAUGUCAAGAGAAUUAAGCAAAUGAGAUAAUAGAAGUAAAUUAGAAAGUUGUUUAAAAUGGCAUACUCUUUUUUUUUUUUUAAAUCACAAAAGAAAAAAAAUUUGGGUUUCAUGUCCCUUUAAAGGGCCACUGAACCCAAAGUUUUUCUUUCAUGAUUCAGAUAGAGCAUGCUAUUUUAAGCAACGUUCUAAUUUACGCCUGUUAUCAAUUUUUCUUCGUUCUCUUGCUAUCUUUAUUUGAGAAAGAAGGCAUCUAAGCUUUUUUUUUUGGUUCAGGACUCUGGACAACAUUUUUUUAUUGGUGGAUGAAUGUAUCUACCAAUCAGCAAGAACAACUCAGGUUGUUCACAAAAAAUGGGCCGGCAUCUAAACUUACAUUCUUGCAUUUCAAAUAAAGAUACCAAGAGAAUGAAGAAAAUUUGAUAAUAGGAGUAAAUUAGAAAGUUGCUUAGAAUGUCAUGCUCUAUCUGAAUCAUGAAAGAAAAAAAUUGGGUUCAGUGUUCCUUUAACUAUCAUCGAAAAAUUAUAUCCUCUAAUUUGUUAGAGCAUGUAAUAUUAAGACUAUUGACCCUACACUACUGUGUGUUUAACCCCCACAGAGGGAUUAAACACACAGUAAAAGUACUGCUUGGGAAUCACAGAGCACUACUGGUCCCAAGCAGGUUUUUAGUCUUAAAAUAGCAUGCUCUAACGACAGAGUAUGUAAUUUUUCGACUGUUAAGGCCCAUUAUUAGGUGCCAUUGCACAUUUAUGUAUAGAAUAUUUAAAGGGACAUUGUGCAGUCAAACAUUCUAUAAUACAUUUUGAAAUGGAAUAUUUUUAACAUUACAAAACUUUUUUUUUCUUUUUUUAAUUGUUAUAUAAUUGGUUAAAGCAUUUUGUGUUUUGAAGAUUGAAUCACAGUAUAGCUUUAUAACAACCAAGAUGUGUUGUUUUUCAAACACUUACUUUCAUGCAAAAACGUGUGUAAUGUUCAAAAGCAAAUAUAAAAGAGCAUGACAGAAAAUAUGCCUAGUCCUUUUUAAGGGUAUUUAUACAAGGAACCAUGAAUGUGUGAUUUCAUAAGAUGUCAGUAAAAUGACAGUUCAGUAACAUUGCAGCGAGUUAAAAACAUCUCUGAAAUGUAUAUAGUGGGUGUGUGCAACAGAGGCUACAUUAAGAAGCAUUUUCAUUGCAUUUAAACAAGUUGCAGUUUAUUUUCUAUUUACUGGGGUAGCAUUAAUAAAAUCCCAUAUUUUAACUUUAUUUCUUCAAGACUGUCGGCUAAACCCAUCUGAGUUAGACAUGGUAAUUGUUGUUUAUCCCCUUCCAUAUAUCGUUAAAAAAAAAUGAAAAUAAAACCGCUAUGCUAGUUUAUCGUGGGUAAAACAGAUCAUACAAGGUUUCAAAUAUUAGAAAUGGUUCAGCAUCAUUGAUCAUUUUGAUUUAAUAGUCUACUGUUGUCCCAUUAUCCAUUGAAACAUAAACUACUUAUCUGUAAUCCUUAAAUAUCAGACUUUCUGACUCUUAAGACUGGCACAUGAUUCAUUUUUAUAAUUCAUAUCGCUAACCACAUUAUUCUGAACAUUGUGCUCUUAGAUUCAUGCUGCUUGGUGUUAGGCAAAAAGAAAAAGCUCCUAGGGGAGUUGUUUGACUUAUCUUUCUUUGUUUUUCCUUCUUUGAAUCAUUUUUUUCAGUUUUACUACCCACUUGCUUUAAAUAUUAAAGUUUGGGAUGUAACUCGGUUACACCAUUUUUUUCCAGUACUGCAAUGAUUUGGCCAUCCCCUGACCUUCAUCAGGAAAACCCACGGAUGGACCUUGACAUUGCAGGCUCCUGGCACAAAUCUAUCUUUUGACUUAUUAUAUUGGAAAGUGCAUUUAUGGUCUGAGGUUCAUCUCCUUCGGAUAUUGAGGACACUCAGGUCUACCAUUUUCAUUAAGGAGCAGACAAAGAAGUAAGAGCUUUGUUGCUAGGUUGGAUAUUUCCUGUGAGAAUUCUUUUGCUUUUAUCUAUUUCCUUUUGGUCCAGGAUAGCUCUCAACUCCUUGCUGGAUAUGCAGGUGGUUUCAUGUCUGCCUCCAGGGGAUAAGCAUUUAUUUUGUGUCCAUUUACAUUUUUUUAAUCUCUUUUUUUCACGUCUCUUUUGCACAUAGUAGAGAUGUAGAUAUGGUACUUUUUUAGUUUGUCUUAAAAUGUCUCAGGAAAUAGAAAAAACAGGACCUGGGUGUUCCAAAGUACAAUAAGGCCCCAAGAGCAGAAGAAUAAACCAUCAGAGAUAAACAUUAUUAUAGAAUUUGUAAAUAUAAAAUAAAAGUAUGUUAUAAAGUUGCUUUGAUAUGCAUAAUUUAACAUUUUAUAUUACAAGUGUUUACUGUCUGUUUUACUAAAACUGUGGUAACCUUGUGGAAUUCCUUGUGUGCUUGCACAUAGAUUUUAUCUGUUAGCUUUAUCACCAAUAGCAUUUAGAAAAGAAGUCUUGUAGUUUGGGAUAGCAUUUUUUUUUCUUUCUUCCAUGCCCUUAUAUGGUUCUGCUUUGUUAAUAGUACAGUAAGCUGUCAUGAUGGUAAGAUUUUAUAUUUUUUGGUGUGCGGCAAAAUAUUUAGCCUAUUCCCUUUUUGGUUGUAUGCUGGACACUGUUGAAAUCUAAACCCAGCAAUAUGUUUGUAAUAGAAAUACCAAUAGUAGAACAACAAUAUUUGUGUAACUAACUUUGAAACCCAAGAUGUAAUGUAAUAACAGCAAGCUGGAUCUGAAGACUGCAGGGGGAAAAGUGGGCAUAUUCAGAACCACCUCCACUUUUUAAACCACUAUCUUUUUGUUGAGUGUACUGGUGCCAUUUUGCAGUUAUUACAUCAACCUUUUGUGUGGUACUUAUAAAAGCAAUAUACAGUAUCAACAUUUUAAAUGGCAACACAUUUUGUCACAAUUUUUAUGGUAAAUAUGUAGUAUAUGUUGCCGAUAUUUUGAUAGUAUAAUUUGGAGAAGGUUCUUGUGGGUGGAAGAAGAAGACAAGGCUAAAAACAUCUGGUACAUAUUUCUGUCUAAAACCAACUAGCAUGAAACUAAUUGCCCAAUAGUUAGUCUGAUGUCUUGAGAAUAUAGAAAAAUAUAAAUAUUUUUAAAUUAAAUAUAAAUGUAAUUUUUGCUACAGAACAGUUAUUCACACAGAUUCCUUGUUUUGUUUGUCUGCUUUGUAUUUCUGUUACUGAAACAUCAUAGUUUGCAUAUAUACAUUAUUUACUGUUCCCUUUAUCAUCUGUGAACCCAAAGACAUUUUUCCUGCAUACUUUCUAUUUUGCUUUUUACAAUUUAGGAAAGAGAUCUAGCGUACGGUGAUAUAAAAAAGAGAGAGAAAAAUUCUGUAUCUAUUUAAAGGUGUAACCCAAGAGAAUUAAAAUACAGACAGAGGUGUGUACACUAAAUAUAUCCGUUUCAAAAAUUGAAUAUAUUGAGGCCUAUGUAUCAAAGGUCUUGCGGACCUGAUCCGACAGUGCGGAUCAGGUCCGCAAGACCUCGCUGAAUGCGGAGAGCAAUACGCUCUCCAUAUUCAGCAUUGCACCAGCAGCUCACAAGAGCUGCUGGUGCAACGCCGCCCCCUGCAGACUUGCGGUCAAUGGGCCGCCAGCAGGGAGGUGUCAAUCAACCCGAUCGUACUCAAUCGGGUUGAAUUGUGGCGAUUCCUAUCUGCCUGCUCAGAGCAGGCGGACAGGGUUAUGGAGCAGCUGUCUUUGUGACCGCUGCUUCAUAACUGCUGUUUCUGGCGAGUCUGAAGACUCGCCAGAAACACGGGCCCCCAAGCUCCGUACGGAGCUUGAUAAAUAGGCCUCAUUGUCUUAAUUUUUAAACACAAUGUUCUGUAACCUACUCUUUCCUAUAACUUGCCUUAUUUUCAUUAAUCUAGUUGCACUAACAGUGAUACUGUUGCAUGUUAAUUGUACUGCUGACUAGCAAAAGGCUAUUGAAUCAAUGCCUCUGUACAUUACAUUUUUUCAUUUAUUAAGUCUUUAUUUACGUUUCAGAUAUUUUGAUGCACUGCUUUCUAUAUAAUAUUGUGUUAAAUGAAUGCUGUACAUAUUAAGAUUUUGAUUGAACAUUUAUAUAUUGUGCUUUUUUGAUAAUCUGAAUUUUCCUUCUUUUGUAAAAUAUUUUGAUUCAUUGUAUUUAAAUGGUAAAAUAUCUUUUUUUUACUGCAUCAUCCAAUGAGAAGAUUUCUAUACUUUUUUUUUUUUACAUAAUUAUAAUGCAUGAAAUGGUGCAAAGCGAGCACAAUUUUUGCUAGGCUUUAAUGAAAAUGUGAUUAGCUAAUAAACAGUUGCUGGUGGGGUUUCUUUUUUUUAAAAAAAAUGACGUGCCAGAAGCUUUUUUUGCUUUAUAUUUACCAGAAAAUCAAAAUUUUUAAGGUAUUUCAAUUAUUUAUUUUUUUCCUUCCUGACUAAAAAUAAACAGCUGUGUACUGUAAAUUCUAUUCAUGGCACUAAAGAUUUUACUGCAAUGGCCAAAUUGAGUACAGGAACACGUUAUACUUCCUAUAUAAGAUUAUUUUUUAUCAACAAUAGGUUUUGGUCAUUAAUUAACAAACACCAGCAACUGUGUAUUAUAAAACCUUAAGUUUCCCUUAAAAAAAAACCUUGUAUCAUUUUAUACUUGAUGUUAUAUCAAAGCAAGAAACCAAAAAAAUAUAUAUAAAUAGCUUAAAAUACCCAGCACAGCAGUGCUGUAUCUACUGUAGGUGAAAGUGCAUAUUUUCAGGGAAAGGGUAAAUCUUUUACAAAUAUAUGUUAAAUAUUUUAGUGUAAUACUAAAAUAAUUUUGAACACUUUAUAAAGAUGUUUGAUAUUUCCAAAUUGGUUAAUAGAUAUAAAUUGUAGAUUUUUCUGAAAGAUUAAAUAAACAAAAACAGCACAGGUAAUUGAUUUAAUUAUGCACUUUUGUGUGCAGAGAAAAAUAAAGAUACAAACUGUAUAUAAUAGUAUUUGUAAAGUACAGUUUUGGGGGGGGGGGUUGUAUUUUUGUUUUAUUUUUUGCAGAUUUUGUCUAGAAAUAAUUACGAACUCAGCAGGUCUGGGUAUCCAGUUUAAAUCGUCUUCUUUUUUUUGUGCUAAUUUUACUCUGUUAAUACAAAAAAAGUGUCAAACAAGGACCUUACAUUAAUACUUGGUCAAUCUAAUAGUAAACUAAAUAAACCAGCAAAUAAAAAGGUAUCUUUCAUUUAUGCUUUCACUUGUGCAACCAAAAGCUGUUGCAAACCAACACACUUGAUUGCUUAUUCAGUAAAAAUGUUAUCUCAGCAUUCAUUCGGCCGUUAAUUAGACACUCAUAUUCGGGUGGUGUAAGCAGCAUAUUUCUUUAUCAGACACAAUUAGUUUUUAAAAAAUUACUGUGUGCAGUUUAUGCAAAAAAAAUGUUUUGGUUAAUGUUUUAUUAAAUAUGCAAAUUCUCCUCCAAUAUAUUGCUUAGCAAUCAGAUUAUUUAUUAAAUGUAAGGUCAACUGUAUUUAUGGAUAGUUUGCCAGUAUCACAUUAUUUCUUAUAAAUCAUAAUCUAAAAAUGAUAUUUAAGACAAUGUAUGUAUGCAGAAUAUUCUUCUGUAUAAACAAUUGUGAAAAGCUGAAAAUCCCUAAUCAUAAAGACAGCAAUUUUGUUUAAAAACUGCAAAGAAAAACAGGAAAUUUAUAUAUGAAAUCAAAAUGUGUUAGAACAAAUACUAUCAAACUGUUUUAUUUGGAUGUUCAAGAUAUGUGUAUAUUUUUGUUUUAUUUUGUAAAUUAAACAUUGUUGGAAAACA